AUGGCGGCUGCAUUCGCUGCGGAAUUUCUAGCCAGGGCCAAAGAGAAAGCACCUGUCAUCGUGGAAACUGUGAAAGCAUAUUGUCCAGGAGCUUGUGCGGAUGGCUCUGGUCCUGGCGGUCCCAGCGAAGGAUCCGGUCUCAGGAGCGGAACGGAGAUGUCCAACUUCCAAAACUACACCGAAGAAGGAGGAUACGCGGAAACUAGCCUCACCAACGGGGCUCGUCUGGAGCGACAAGGGAGCAGUGUAGAAAUCGACGAGUUCGGGGGUAAAGGGAACGAACAAAUCGACGAAUGGCAAGCAGGCUGGAACGUCACCAACGCGAUUCAGGGCAUGUUCAUCGUGAGUCUGCCCUACUCAGUUCAACAAGGAGGCUACUGGGGAGUGUUCGCCCUCGUGUUCGUGGCCUACAUAUGCUGCCAUACUGGAAAAAUUCUGGUCGAGUGCCUCUACGAAUACAAUGACCGUGGCGAACUGGUUCGCGUCAGAGAUAGUUACGUGUCAAUCGCCAAAGUUUGCCUCGGCAGCAAAUGGGGAAGCCGAUGUGUGCAUUUCGCUCAAGUGACCGAGCUCCUAAUGACCUGCAUUCUCUACAUCGUUUUGUGCGGCAACUUGAUGGUCGGCUCCUUCCCCGAAAGUACAAUCGACCAACGCUCGUGGAUGAUGAUUUUCACUAUGGUUCUGUUACCGUGUGCCUUCUUACGGGAUCUGCGGUCGGUUUCCAUGCUGUCGUUCUGGUGUACGAUGACCCAUCUCUUCAUCAAUGUCAUCAUCCUCGGUUACUGCUUGCUCUGUGCCGGAGACUGGGGCUGGUCGAAAGUCAGCUGGUCGAUCAAUAUGGACAAGUUCCCGGUGACCAUGGGAAUCGUCGUCUUCAGUUACACUUCACAGAUCUUCUUACCAUCCCUCGAAGGGAACAUGGUAGACAGGAGCAAAUUCCACUGCAUGCUGAAUUGGUCUCACAUCGCUGCGGCCGCCUUCAAAGCCAUCUUCGCGUGGAUGUGCUUCCUCACGUGGACGGAUCAGACGGAAGAGGUGAUCACGAACAAUCUUCCGACUCGGGGCUUCAAGAUCGUCGUCAACCUGAUUUUGGUCGCGAAAGCGCUAUUUUCCUACCCGCUACCCUAUUUCGCCGCUGCCGCCCUCCUUGAGCACCAGUAUUUCAGAGAGCGACCGAAAACAAUCUUUCCCUCGUGCUAUUACAUCGACGGCGAGCUGCGCGUAUGGGGUCUAGCGGCGCGUAUAGCCCUAGUCCUUUCCACAAUGUUGCUUGCGGUCUCAAUUCCGUAUUUCGCCCUUUUGAUGGGCCUGAUCGGGAGUUUCACGGGUACGAUGCUAUCCUUCAUCUGGCCCUGCUACUUCCACAUGAAAUUGAAAUGGAAUCAGAUGAAUCAUCAACAGAUCUGCUGGGAAGUUUUCAUCAUCGUUUUCGGGGGAUUCUCCGGAAUCAUCGGAAUCUACACGUCGUUCGCUGGUUUAGUGGAGGCUUAUCAUCUACCAAUGCCUCCUAUACCAGUUCUGAAUGAGGCCUGA